GCCUGAGGGGCUGGGUCCCCUUGUCUUCCUCCAGAUCCUGGGGGGUUUGCUUCACCUACGGCACCUGGUUUGGGCUGGAAGCUCUCGCCUGCAUGGGGCACACUUACCGAGAAGGGGCCGCCUGUGUGGAAGUCUCCCAGGCCUGCAGCUUCCUGCUGUCCCGGCAGAUGGCGGACGGAGGCUGGGGGGAGGACUUUGAGUCCUGCAAGCAGCGGCGCUAUGUGCAGAGCACCCAGUCUGAGAUCCACAGCACCUGCUGGGCCCUUAUGGGGCUGAUGGCUGUCAGGCACCCUGGCCUGGCGGCCCUGGAGAGAGGAGUCAGAUGUCUGCUGGACAGACAGCUCCCCAAUGGCAACUGGCCCCAGCACAGCAACAGUGGGGUCUUCAAUAAGUCCUGUGCAAUCAACUACGACAACUACAGGAACAUCUUCCCCAUCUGGACCCUUGGCCGCUUCUCCUGCCUGCACCCUGAGAGCGUCCUCGCUGGCUGCCCCUGAGAGCACAUGUGGGUGCCUGGCCAGUAUGGGGCUGCCACACGUGUGCCAUGCUAGGCCAGGCCGCCCACUUGCAGACAGCAGACCUUCAGGGCCGUGAUGCAUGGGCACAUGCUCAUAAGCGUGUGUACACUGGACACCUGCCAGCUUCUAGGGUCCACCUGGCCUGCUUCGAACUCUGCUGCCCCAGGGACAGGAAGCCCUCUGGGCCAUGCUUGAGCGCCCAGAGAGCUGACGGCUCACAAGGGUGGGGUCUGCACACAUUGGGUAGAGGGCAGAGACCCCACCAGAGCCUGCAGACUCCACACAGGGCGAUUGGCCCAAUAUCCCUGGGGCCCCGCAUUCUGCCUGUUCCUAGGAUGUCUGAACAUCCUGUCCAGGCCUUAAAGCAUGCUGGUCCCUCUGCCAGGCCACCCUCCAAAGGGGUCUGGGCACCUUGCCCUCUUCUCAUGGCCCUAUCUGUUCCCUGGUGCUCACCUGUCGUGGAGCUGGCCACGUGCCGUGGUGGGUGGGAGGCCCCAGCAUGCAGCUGGGGCUGUCUCUUUAAGGGUGACCUCACAAGGCUGCAGAAGGCAGGCAGCUGGAACUCGGGGCCUGGGCUGCCCCCCAUGUGUGUGGCUUGGACUUCCACCCCCAUGGGGCCAGAGGCCCAGGCAUGAGCCCUGAGCAUGGCCAUGGUGGAGGGCAGCGAGCUGAUGAGCCGGCUCGUGAGCAAGAAUGCCGACCUGAAGAAGCAGGUGUGCCUCAUGAAGGAGAACCAGAUGCUGAAGUGCCUGCUCAGUCAGGAGACCUGCCAGGACCACAGCCACCUCCUUCCUAGGGCGCCUGCCCACCUGGAGGACCGCUCCCCCGGGAGCACAGUUCCGGACUUUGCAGGGCUCGCCAGCAUCCCUGAGGCGUCCUCCCAGCUGCUGCCAUCCUCCCCAGAGGACCUGCUGUGCUCGCACGCACCCCUCUCCAGGGAGGAUGAAGCCUCCCAGGUGCCCUUCAAGGUUUUCCUCAGCAACCCUGAGCUGCAUGUGCCCCGCAGCCCCGACAGGAGGCUCUUCCCAUAGCUGAGCCCCUGGCAGGACUCGCUGAUGGACAAGACCCUGCUGGAGCCCAGGGAGAUGGUCCGACCCAAGGAGGUGUGCUUCUCGGAGAGCAGCCUGCGCACUGGGGACAGGACCAGGAGCAGCUACUACCUGAAUGAGAUCCAGAGCUUCACCAGUGCCGAGAAGGACGGCUCCGUUGGGGAGAUCGCCUUCCAGCUGGACUGGCACAUCCUGGCCUACGUCUUCCCGGGGGUAACCCGGCUGUAUGGCCUCACCAUCUCCAACAUCCCUGAGAAGAUCAGGCAGACGUCCAUCAAAUCCCUGGACGGCUCCGUGGACGAGAAGCAGCUGCUGUACCUGGAGAAGCGGGGCUACAACCGUGACGUGCACCCGGUGUUUGGCGAGCCCCUCAUCAACACCUCCGGCACCCUCCAGCUGUGGCCGCGCUGCACGAGCUGGUCGGCGGCGGUGUCCCCUGCAAUAAACGUUUUGUUCCCAGCCCAGGGCCGCAUGCGCCUGAAUCCCGCCCGCGGGGAAGGUCCGCGCGCCCGCCAGCACCCGGUGCAGGUGCCUCUCUGGACCUGCUGCGUCCCCAGGCGCCCCUGCCACUGCGCACAGCUGUGGUACUGCCGCACUUUAUUAAAAUCAUGUUUACUUGUCUGCCUUUCGCUGUGGCUCUUUGAGGUCGCAGAGAGCACUGGGACCUUCCCCAUCACCCUCUGA